AUGCCCGUGCCGUUCGUCACCGUGGACGUCUUCACGACGCGGAAGUUCCGCGGCAAUCCUGCCGCGGUCGUCCUCCUGUCGUCGUCCGCGCCGCAACCCCCGGAGGCGAGACCGGACGAUCCCCCCGGAACCAUCCGAUGGUUCACGAGAGACGGCAGCGAGGUCGACCUGUGCGGGCACGGCACGCUCGCCGCCGCGCACGCGCUGUGGGACACGCACCUCGUGUCGCGGACGCGCGUCGUCGUGUUCCGCACGCAGCGCGCGGGGGAUCUGCGCGUCGUCCCGGUCGGGGGAUGGCAAGGCCUGGGCGAGGGGCUCGCGGAGAUCUCGCUGCCGCUGUCGGCGCCGACGCUCGAGCGCCUCGGCGCGGACGCGGAGAAGUGCGACGCCGCCGCGGUGACAUCCGCGCUCGGGCUCCCCCUUCUUGACGGGACAACGCGCGUGAAGGACCAGAAGACGCUGCGCGCGGCGACGCCGCGAUCCGACGCGAUCGCCGCGCUCGGCGGCCGCGGGUUGGUGAUCACGUGCGCGGCGACGGAGAAGCUCAACGACGAGGUCGACGCGGACUUCGAGUCGCGGUUCUUCGGGCCGAACAUCGGGAUCGACGAGGACCCGGUCACGGGAUCGGCGUUCUGCGGGUUGGCGCCGUAUUGGUUCGAGGCGCUGAGAGAGCUCCGCGCGGUCGAGUUGAUCGGGUACCAGGCAUCGCGCAGAGGCGGUUUCGCGAAGGUGUCCGUCGACGGCGACAGAGUACGCGUGAAAGGAUGCGCGACGACGGUGAUGACGGGGCACAUCUUCGAUUUGAAGUCCAUCACCGAGGCGCCGUGA